AUGCAUCUAUUUCUUUUCUUUCUUUUUUUACUUCUUCCUUCUCUUCCCUUCUAUAUAUUCUUAUUCUUUCUUUUCCUAUUUCUCUUCUUUUCUCUUUGUAUUUUUCUUGCAAUCAUUCUGACGCUUUCCUUUUUAUUCUUCUUCUCAUCUUUUUUCUUCUUUUUCUUCUUCUUCUUCUUCUUCUUCUUCUUCUUCUUGGGCGUUCUUGCUUACCUUCUUUCUUUUUUUUUAAUAUUCUCCCAUUUUCUCCGUUUUUAUUACCAUUUUCCUCUCCAUCAUUUCAUUCUUUUUUUCUUUCUUUCUUACAUGGUAAUUCCCUCAUAUUUUCCUUCUUCUUGCGUCAUAUCAUCAUUUACUCUUUCGUUUUACUAUUUCUUUCUUUCUGUUUCAUAUCUUUUACUAUAUCUUUCUUUCUUAAAUACUUAUUCAACGAUUCUUUCAUCUGUUUACUUUUUCCUUUAUAAAUACAAUUCUGUUUUUUUUUUUUUUCCUUUUGGUUAUCAUCUUGUUCUAUUUCUUCUCCACUUCUUUUUUUUUUCAUAUCCCUUUUCUUUCAUGCCGCUUUCUUCUUUUUCUUCUUCUUCUUCUUCCCCCCCCAUUCUCUUUUCCACGUCUGAACUGCAAACAUCAUUGUUAUUAAUAUCAUGUAUCUGUUAA